CACAGAGCGAAAGAGAAGCUAUUCGAAGGAGCACCAAUGGCGGCUUUCAGAGCAAUAUCGCGUUUGCUUGGGAAUGGAAGCAACCAAAGCUUGCGUUUUUCAACCCCUAAUCAUGGUGCUCUUCCCUUCCAGCGCGUCUCUUUGAGGGGUGUUUCUUCCAAGCUAUUUAUCGGUGGGCUCUCAUUUUAUACCACUGAUGAAUCCUUGUCUGAAGCCUUCUCUCAGUUUGGCCAAGUUGUUGAAGCGAAAGUAGUGAUGGACAGAGUCGCCGACAGGUCGAAGGGUUUUGGAUUUGUUACAUUCGCUUCAGAAGAUGAAGCGCAGAAGGCCCUUACCGAAAUGAAUGGCAAGGUUCUGAAUGGACGAGUCAUUUUUGUCGAUAAAGCCAAGCCUAGAAUUCGAUUCGAUGAGGCUGUCCCGGUGGCCAGAGGGCCACCUGAUCCUCUAGUAGAUAAAUGAUUCUUGCCAUUUGAAUUCUAUUCAAUGUAAAUUUUAUCAGCAUCUCACAAUGUAGUAAACUAGACCUACUUUGAGUUGGAUCAAGAUCAUGUUCAGCAUGUUGUGAUUUUCAA